GCCCGUCACGCCAUUCGGCGCUGGCCAGUUGUGGUAAAAUGUCUACUAAUCUCUGUCCCAAUGCUUCCUCCACCGACACACAGCCAAUACUCUACUCGUAUUGGCGCAGCUCGUGCUCCUGGCGCGUGCGCAUUGCGAUGAACCUGAAGGAGAUACCCUACGACAUCAAGCCGAUCAGCCUGAUCAAGUCCGGUGGCGAGCAGCACUGCAACGAGUACCGCGAGGUGAAUCCCAUGGAGCAGGUGCCCGCCCUGCAGAUUGAUGGACACACCCUCAUCGAAUCGGUGGCCAUCAUGCACUACCUGGAGGAAACGCGUCCGCAGCGACCACUCCUCCCGCAGGACGUCCACAAGCGGGCCAAGGUGCGCGAAAUAGUCGAGAUCAUCUGCUCGGGCAUCCAGCCGCUGCAGAACCUCAUCGUGCUCAUCCACGUGGGCGAGGAGAAGAAGAAGGAGUGGGCCCAGCACUGGAUUACACGUGGCUUCCGGGCGGUGGAGAAGGCGCUGUCCACCUCGGCUGGAAAGUACUGCGUGGGCGACGAGAUCUCCAUGGCGGACUGCUGCCUCGUACCUCAGGUGUUCAAUGCCCGAAGAUUCCACGUGGACUUGCGACCGUAUCCCAUCAUUCUGCGCAUCGAUCGCGAGCUGGAGAGCAAUCCGGCAUUCCGGGCGGCCCAUCCCUCCAAUCAACCGGACUGUCCGCCGGAGCUGCCCAACAAAUAGAAUUUUCCGACGACAACUGCAAAGCGCCGUAAGACGAAAAAGUGAAUUGCAGUUCGUAAACCAGGCACAGGACAAACUAAGAACUUAAAUCUGAUCGGUGGGCGGGGAUUGAAUGGAUUGAAUGGGAUGGCAAAGCUGGCGAGGAUUCCAUUAAGCAAAAAAACAGUCGGAUGUGAUUUAAGAAAUUGCUAACAGCAUUUAAAUAUGCAUAAAUGCAUAAAAAUACUAUCGAUAACAUAACGAAAUUCCUCACACGAAAUUCAAAUGCAAAAUUCUCAGAAACGGAACAAAAAACAUAUAUGAAGUAUAAUAAAUUCUUGAAAUUCCCUUAGUUUGUCAUUGUGAACAUGAUCUAAAAGAUGAACUCAUAUAUAUUAAAUGUAACUUAUUUUUAUGCAUUUUAUUUAGGCUAACAAAUCAUAACAAAUUCAAGGAGAACUCAACUCACGACGAAAAGCAAAAUUCAAUUCAGGGAUUUAAACACAAACGAAAACCAAAAAAACCAAAAACACUAUCGAAGAUUUACAAGUAUAAACGAUGUAUGUAGGUAUGUUUAAGUACUUCAUGUCAAAGUUGGGCAGAUGCUAAACGAAUCGUUCACAAAGUACAAAACUUCAGUCAACCAAUAAGUAAACUAAAGCAAGCUAUACACUAAAUCGAAUAAAUCCUAAGUAAUCUACAUACAUAUGUGAACUAAGCUAAGGAAUCGAUCACCUAUUCGAUGGUUCUGAAUGUCGUAAUGCCUCUUUGAUACCACGAAAGCAUAAAUAAUAAAAUAACUAACGAAGUAUUUCUCUAAAA